AUGAAUAAUAGAUUACUAUAUUUUGGAUUCUGUGAUGCUGCGAUUAGUUUGGUUGCUGGAAUAGUCAGUUUUAUCUAGGCUAGCUGUUGUUUUAACUUUAGUAUAAUAUUCAUAGCAGAGCUAAUUUUGAUGAUAGCAUUUAUUGUUUUGUAAUAUAAAAGGUUUUUAAAUGACCUGAUUAGAGAAACUUUUUUAGGUGUUUCAUACCUUGUAUGCUAAAUAUUAUAGAUUGAGUUUUUAGGAUCUCUUUAAUCUUCUGAAUAUAUUUUCUUUUUAAGUCUCAGAUUAUUUAUUUUAACAACAUCAAUAGAAAGGAUGCCAUUUCGAAUCACUAUAUUUUCUAUAACUUAUUUCUACAUUUGUAUCAGAUUACAAUUUUAUAUGAAUAUGUUUCCAUAUUUAGGAUUGGCUUUUAUUCCUUUUAUAUUUAUUGUUGAUCAAUCUCAAGAGAUUCUUUCUUCUUCAAUAAUUGAUUUUUUUUAAAAAACUUUGACGAACCCAGUUCUGAUACUUGAUGCUGAAACAAAAGAACCACUUUUUCAUAGCAAUCAAAUGGAAUAAGAAUUUAAUUAUACAUCCACAAACUAAGAUUACUUUAUUCAUUGUCUCCAAUAAUUUUAGGACUCAUCGCAAAAAACAUUGAAGAGUGUUUUUGAGGAACAGCAAUAAUAAAUUGAGCGAAAAAGCAGGUUCUAAUACUGCAGAUUAAAAGAAAUAUCAAAUGAAGAUUAUCAAUUUAUUGAAACUCAAUAAAAUAAAAAAAUAACUACAUUAUUGCAAGACGAAAUCAAUAUAGAAAAGCAGGACUUCAUAAAUAUUGAAAGUCCUAAAGUUUAAAUUGAAAAUCAAAAAUUUCAACUUUCCAAUUAAUUCAAUGACGAUACCCCUCACGGAAAGAGCAAAUUCAGAUUUAAGGAUAGCCAAUAUAAAUUAUUUGGGAUUAACGAGUUGAAAUAAAAAAAAAUGAAUAUAACAGUGCAGCAUUGCAUUUGGAAAAAUAAAGAAGCUUUUAUGAUUUCCUUGAAAGACUUGGAGAGCCAAAAGUUGUUACAAAUAUUGACUGAAGAACUUGAAGAAAGCAAAAGACAAAACGACAAUAAGGAUUAGAUAUUGGCGACUGUGUUUCAUGAUUUUAAGACUCCCAUUAAUGGAAUCUGUACCAUAGUAGAGGCGAUGGAGGAAAGAUACAAUCUUAGUGCUCCUUCCAAAUAUUAUUUGAGAAUAAUUAGAAAGAAUGUGUACUUGAUGUUGUACAUGAUUUAUGACAUUUUAGAUUUUGCCAGGAUCCAGAAAAACCAGUUAAGAUUGAGUGUUAGUGACUUUUAUUUAAACGAAAUUAUAGAUGAAGUGGUUGAAUUGGUAGCUAUUUAAGCUGAACAAAAAGGAGUUGUUAUAUAAACACAUUAUGACAUUCCUUCUUUUUAAAUCUAUAGUGAUCCUAAUCGUAUCAAAUAGAUUCUUAUGAAUUUUAUUUCUAAUUCAUUAAAAUUUACUGAACAAGGAUCAAUCACAAUAUCAGUUGAAUCUCCACAGACUGAUAAAGCUAAUCAUAUAGUUAGAACAAUUUCAUCCAAAAGUGUGCUCCAUCAAUAAUAAAAUUAAUAAUCAGUAGGGCAGUUGCGGAAAUAGUUAUCUGGAAAAUCUGUUAAGUCUUAAUCUGGACAGGGUAGGAUGGUUUAUACCAUAUCUAUUCAAGAUACAGGUUGUGGUAUCUCGGAUCUAAUCAAGCCUAAAUUAUUCAAUAUGUAUGCCACAUAUCCAAGUAAGGAUGUCCAAAAUAAGAGUGGAACUGGGAUUGGAUUGAUGGUUUGUAAGAAGCUUAUCAAAUUGUUGGGUCCAUCCGAGAAAAUUGAUCUAUGGAGUGAGCAAAACAAAGGAACGAGAAUGUCAUUUCAGAUUUAUUCUCGAUUGCCUGACGAUCCUAAGAGAUCACCUAAUUAUAUUAGUGUUUUCAAAUAGGAGAGCAGCUCUAAAAACUUUAAUCUUGACAGUCCCUCUCUAAUUGAUGAAUAGGAAAUGUAAUAAAAAUUUGUGAGGUCAUCAAUUUUACGUGUUUACUCAAGACCUGUUGAUAAAAAUGAUACGGAGGCAGGCUUUGAUUUGAAUCCAGAACAUGAGGAUGAAGGACAGUAGAAAUUAUAAAACAUUAACAUUUUGUAAAAUCUAAAAUCUCCAACAGCAAGCAGAAUAAAAAUUAAAGAGCAGACUUUGGAUGACUCGUAAGAAAUAAUGGAUCCUCGAUCAAGAUUACAAAAGACUUUGUAAAACAAAACAUUUUCAAUACUGAUUGUUGAUGAUCAACCAUUUAACGUAUUGGCCUUGAAAUUGUUAUUGUAGGAUAUUUCAUUAAAUGUUUCAUUUUUAGAAGCCUAUAAUGGUUAAUAAGCUAUUAAUAAAUUAAUAACAUUUCAGAAAAGCAAGAACAUUAAAUAUGUUCUGAUGGAUCUCUUCAUGCCGAUUUUAAAUGGGUGGAAGGCUGUUGCUAAGAUUCGAGAUAUGAUUGCCAAAAAAGUCAUUGAGGAUGUAAAAAUAAUUGCGAUCUCGGGAUUUGAUGAUGAAAGUGAAUAGGAAAGGUGUGAAAAUGUUGGUUUUGAUGCCUUUAUUACUAAACCUGUGAAAUUGGAGAUGAUUGCUGAAGUAUUUGCACAAUUAGAGUAUAAUUGAACUUGAUAAUACUAUUUUAUAAAUUUAUCUUAAUACUUAUCUGCAA